AUGGCUGCUAAUCUCGUUGAAACCUAUGCAUGCGCCCCUUCCACAGAACGCGGCCGUGGGAUUCUGAUCUCCGGCAACCCAAAAUCCAACUCCAUCCUCUAUUGCAACGCGAGGUCCGUCUUCAUCCGUUACCUCGACCAUCCUCUCGACGUCGCCGUUUACGGUGAGCACAGUUAUCCCGUCACCGUCGCUCGUUACUCCCCAAACGGCGAGUGGAUCGCCUCCGCCGACGUCUCUGGAGUCAUACGGAUCUGGGGGACGCAUAACGAUUUCGUUUUGAAGAAUGAGUUCAAGGUCCUCUCGGGUCGGAUCGACGAUCUGCAGUGGUCGCCGGACGGGUUGAGGAUCGUUGCCUGUGGCGAUGGGAAAGGAAAGUCGUUUGUUCGCGCUUUUAUGUGGGAUUCGGGAUCAACAGUGGGGGAUUUUGAUGGGCACUCGAAGAGGGUGCUAAGCUGUCAUUUUAAACCGACGAGGCCGUUUCGAAUUGCGAGUUGUGGAGAAGAUUUCUUGGUGAAUUUUUAUGAAGGUCCACCCUUUAAGUUCAAGUUAUCUCACCGGGAGCAUUCAAAUUUCGUCAACUGCAUUAGAUUUUCACCAGAUGGAAGCAAACUAAUUAGCGUAAGCUCAGAUAAGAAGGGUAUAAUAUAUGAUGCAAAGAGUGGUGAAACAAUGGGAGCGCUGUCCAGUGAAGAUGGUCAUACAGGUAGCAUUUAUGCUGUUAGCUGGAGCGGAGAUAGUAAACAUGUAAUUACUGUUUCUGCUGACAAGACUGCCAAGAUAUGGGAGAUAUCUGAGGAUGGUACGGGAAAAGUGACGAAAACGUUGGGAUGGACUGGAUCUGGUGGAGUGGAGGACAUGCUUGUUGGAUGUCUCUGGCAGAAUGAUCAUAUCAUUACAGUUUCCCUUGUUGGCACAAUUAACUUGUACUCUGCUAGUGAUCUUGAUAGACAACCGUUAUGUUUGUCUGGACAUAUGAAGAACGUAAAUACAUUAACUCUACUCGAAAGCGACGGAAAGACGAUUUUAUCCAGCAGCUUCGAUGGAUAUAUUUUUAGAUGGAUUCCGGGGACUGGAUACAGUGGCAAAUUAAACAGGAAAGAUAAUUCUCAAAUUAAAUGUUUGGUUGCGUUCAAAGAAGAGAUAAUGACAUCUGGAUACAACAACAAGGUAUGGAGAAUUUCUCUAGAUCAAGAUAAAUCUGAGGAGGCAGAACAGACAGAUGUUGGCAGUCAACCAAAGGACUUGAGCCAGGCCAUUAAUACCCCUGAGCUGGCUUUAGUUUCAACUGAUUCUGGAGUUCUAUUGCUUAAGGAUCUGCAAGUACUUGCAAGCAUCAACCUUGGGUUCGCAGUGACAGCUUCUGUUAUUGCACCUGAUGGAAGUGAGGCUAUUGUGGGGGGACAGGAUGGUAAGUUGCAUAUAUAUUCUGUCUCAGGUGAUUCUCUUAAAGAAGAAGCAACCCUUGAGAAGCAUAGAGGUCCAAUUAGCAUUCUACGCUCGUAUCAAUUGCCUUGCUUGGUCCCUAAUAGCACCAUGGUGGCUACGGGAUCACUAGACACUAACAUAAUCAUAUACGAAAUUGCGAAACCGGCUUCCAACCGCAUAACCGUAAAGCAUGCUCAUCCUGGCGGAGUUUAUGGUUUGGUUUUUAUUGAUGACUGCACUGUGGUUAGUUCAGGGGAGGAUGCCUGCACCGUGUUUGGAAGAUAG